UGAUGGUUCUACCUACCUAUAAUUCUGAAACAAAAGAAUUUUCACUAGAGUCUUAAUUGGGCAAGGCCAUCUCCACUGACCUUAUUUUAUGCAUCUUUAUUGGUAUGUGUUAGUUAGAACAUGUGGCACAGCACUGUGGAAAGAGCACUGGAUCACGAGCCAGAGGAUCUGGAUCCAAUACCUGGUUUUGCUACACUUCAUCCUUGGAUGUGACCCUGGUUACUUUGGGAAAAGAUGGAUAAGAAAGGAUCCUCCUCUACCUCAAUGUUGAAACCUUGUAACAGAAAAACAACAAAGCAAAAAAAACUGAUACAAUGACCACAUUUGGCAAUGUAUACAACAACCUGCCCUUAUAGUCCCCAGCCUCUGCCAUGACAAGUAAUGGAUGGAAAUGGCCAGUAAGAUUCCAGACCUUACAUCACGUGAAACACCUGCCGGCAACAAUUCAGGUGGAUUCCUAGUGAGCUUGCUUCCAGAAAUAUAUCAUGGGGAGAGGCUCUUUCCCACCUCUAUUCAGAGUAGUACAGAUGACCUGUAUCCGGCAUUUUUUUAAAAGAAAAGCCAACACCCCAGAACCAGCUGCAUUUAAAGCAAAACCGAAGCGGAGAAGUGAGCAGCAUCACAAGCCCACCGCAUAAAACCUCACGGUCCGGUCGGGAGAGAAGCCUGCAGAGCGAACCUAGAGAAAACAAGGGGAAAUAAAUGCGACACGAGAACUGAGCUUGGUUACCGAACGAGAAGCGUCACAAUAAGAGAGAAACAAUGUAAGAUGUAGAUUUGAUUAACUGCCUUGGUGUUGCAACAGGAACAUUUCAGAACCUAAACAAUUCUGCUUAACUAGGAGUGGUAAGAACAGAAAUCGAUUUUAAAUAAAAUGUUUACACUACCAAAACUCCUUCGAAAACCUUUGCCUCCAAAGACCCAGCAUAAACCGCUUCCCCUAAAGAAAGAAAAAAUUCAGUCAGCUAUCACCAAUGAAGUAUCCAAGCAACAAGAUCUUCUUAAACCCUGUCCCAGUAAAAUUACUACAACUGAAAUAGAGAAGAAUGUAAUUCUUGGAAAAUUUCCAAAGAGGAAAAGGCAAUCCCGGAUCUAUAUCAAAAACCUCCUUCUUAAACAGCAUGUAAAAAGACAUAGAGAUGCGGCAUCAAAGAUGUUUUUAAAGAAAUAUCCAAAGUUUUGUGUGUUAUUUUCAAAUCGCAAAGAUAAUUAUAGUGAUCCUUUCUGUUUGCCAACUUACAAUUCAGUAAAAGAUGAAAAUAUUUCAGAAAAGUCAAGUCUGCAACGUAAAACGACAAACUACUUUUUGGAUGGUGCUUUAGAAAAAACUUCAGUCAUGUCUUCUGAGAUCUCAACACCUACGAGUUCACAUUUAAGACACUCAUCCAUCCUCCUAAAACCUGACCUUAAGCGUGUAACUACACCAGACUCAAUAUAUAUGCCUCUUAUAUACUCUAGAUUUGUGAAUGAAAAUCAACCUGUGUGUAAGGAAGGGAAAAUGAAUUGGUAUGACAAACUGCAAAUGACUCAUGGCACAAUGACUAGACAAAAUUUUUCAUUUGAUGCACUAUCAGCAGCUUCAGCAAGAAAGCCUUAUAGACAAUAUGUGUUAGAAUUUUCUAAAAAAGAAGAGGAAAAACCAGACAUCAGAGACUCCUCACUAGUAGGAAAACUAAUUUCUCUUCCAGAGUCACUUCUAGAAAUGACAGAAUCUGAGAAGGAACUCAUUGUGUACGGCGAGGGUUAUUAUAAAGAUUUACUAUCACCUGAUGAUAAUCCAAAACUGAACCUUGCCAAAAUAGCUGUUAUCAGAUGUCAUGAACAUGGAAGAAAUGCACUUAGUUUUAAGGGUUUCUUUAUUGAAAGGUGCCCAAACUUAAGCAUUUUGAUUAGACAGUUGGUAUAUCUUAACUUAGCCUUCAAUAGUUUACCUAUCUUUCCUCCAGAGGUGUUAGUUUUAAUUAACUUACAAGUCCUGAUCAUGAGAAAUAAUCCUAUCAGAGAGAUCCCUUCUGAUAUCGAAAAAUUAAAGCACCUUGAAGUAUUUGUCAUUUCCUUUAAUUUGUUAACUUCUCUUCCAAAUGGAUUAUUUGCGUUGUCUAAACUUGAGUUCCUGGAUAUCUCCUACAAUGAAAUUACUUCUCUUCCAAAUGAAAUCAAGAAUCUCAGCAACCUUAACAAUUUGAAUCUUGAGGGGAAUGAACUAACAUCUUUGCCACCAGGAAUUCUGAAAAUUUCCCCAGAUAUCUUCAACAUAGAAAAUAACUUCAUACACCCUUUGUUUUGGAAAGAGAAUUCAAAAAAUGAUGCUCAAAGCCUCAAAGAUCUGGCUCUCGUGUCUUUUGUCCAAAACCAACUAUGGAAAUUUUAUGAGGUGCUCCCAUCCGAAAUUAAGCAACAACUAAUCACCUCUAAUGUAUGUGACUACUGCCGAGGCCCUUUAUAUGGCAAAGGACUUCGAGUCAUUCGAUCCUUUGAUGUUUUUAAUAUUCAGCUUCUUCCCAUCUUGUUUAACGUCUGCUCUUCAAGAUGCUAUAGGUUCACAAAGCGUGAUCCAAAUAUCUUGGAUCUUUUGACCAAAUGAUAUCAAAGUCAUCCCCUCGUUAAGAAAACAGAAGUUCUGCUUCCUGAAUCGGGAAAUUUUGCAGUCUACAAGUUCUAGUAAUAUCUCUUAGAGAAUCUAACUUUGGCGCAGUUACUGUACUUCAAAAUAUGGACCUCUUAACCUGAAUCUUCUGUGUAAUCCAGGAGCUUUAUACAAGUUUAUCAUUAAUAGGAAUCACUGGGUAUUUCUGAAGGAAGAAUUUGUAAGUGUCACUGGAAAAUAUGGAGACAAGGACAAUUUUUUUUUCAUUGUGUGUUCUACAUAAUAAGAAAAAUGGAUUAUAAUCUCUAACAAUAAACAUUUUCUGCAUUUAACCUUUUUACCUAUAACCUGCUUCUAAGUUAAGAAACAAGCAUGUGAUAAUAAAAUGUGAUUUAUGCUCAUUAUAGUUUCAGGUUGCUGAAUCUGUGAUCUCAUUGUUUUUAACUAUUGUAUAAUGUAAAACAUGAGUCCAUCCAAUACC